UGUCUCCAUACGGACAAAAACUAGAGAGAGAUCGCGUGCUGUUUGAGUAUCACAUCUAAUCAAGGAUUCUUUACUCUCUCUAUCUCUGUGCAGCUUUCCACGACGGUUGACCUAAUUAAUCGUCACAUCAUCCAAUUGAAUUAGAGAGGGAAAGAGAGAGAGAGAAAAGAUUUAGAGAGAGAAGGAAGAUGGGAAACUCGUUUGGGUGUUCGGCGUCAGGGGAGAGAUUAGUAUCAGCGGCGAGAGAUGGUGAUUACGUGGAAGCGAAGAUGCUGCUAGAUUGCAAUCCUUGCCUCGCCAAGUACUCUACCUUCGGUGGUCUCAAUUCUCCUUUGCAUUUCGCCGCCGCUAAAGCCCACAACGAGAUCGUGGGGUUGUUGCUGGAGAAAGGAGCUGAUGUGAACUCCAGAAACUAUUGCGGCCAGACGGCAUUGAUGCAAGCAUGUAGAUACGGACACUGGGAAGUUGUGCAAACUCUUCUUCUCUUUCGUUGCAAUGUUACAAGAGCUGAUUAUUUAGCUGGAAGAACGGCGCUUCAUUUCGCUGCUGUCAACGGUCACGCCAGGUGUAUUAGACUCGUUUUGGCUGACUUUGUACCCAGUGAGCAACUUAACCCUCUUCCUGACUCUGGUGUCUUGGUCACACCUAGAAACAAAUCCGACCAAAGCGCAUUGUCUAAAUUUGUGAAUAAGGCGGCUGACGGUGGAAUCACAGCUCUUCACAUGGCUGCCUUAAACGGAUUGUUUGACUGCGUGCAGCUUUUACUUGAUCUUGAAGCCAAUGUUUCCGCUGUCACUUUUCAUUAUGGAACAUCAAUGGAUAUGAUUGGAGCAGGAAGCACGCCUUUGCACUAUGCCGCUUGUGGUGGGAAUCUUAAAUGUUGUCAGAUUCUCCUUGCAAGAGGGGCAAGAAAGAUGACAUUGAACUGCAAUGGGUGGCUACCAAUUGACAUAGCAAGGAUGUGGAGUCGUCAUUGGUUAGAACCUUUGCUUUCACCAAGUUCUGAUGUCGUCAUUCCACUCUUCCCUCGUUCCAACUACUUAUCUUUGCCUCUUUUAAGUAUACUCAACAUCGCUAGAGAGUUCGGGUUGCAGGCAGCAACCAUCACAGAUGAGGUUGAUAUCUGUGCCGUUUGCCUGGAGAGAACGUGCACUGUUGCUGCUGAAGGUUGUGAGCAUCAGCUAUGUGUGAGAUGCGCGUUAUAUCUUUGCUCCUCGAGCAAUGUCCCUUCGGUGACAGUUGAUCCUCCCGGUUCAAUUCCUUGUCCUCUUUGCAGACACGGAAUAGUCUCCUUUAAACGUCUCCCAAGCUCCCUGACCAGAGAACUGAAGUUGCCUAUGUCGCUUGGUUUCUGUGCGCCGUGUAUGCUCCACACUGGAGGAGACGCAAGAGAUCAAUCCUCACCGACCACAGAACAGCAACAGCGUAGUAGUAGCAAGACUCGAGCGGCCUCGGUUUCGUCUGAUAUGUUCUGUCCGGUGACGUGUAGUCCGUUCCCUUCAGUCAACAUCCCAAUGUGCACCUGCAGCGAUGGAACAUGUCCAAACUUUGAGACGCAUGGAGCAGAGAGAGAUAGCGAAGAACACGACGACGACGAGUCUUCUCCUCCUCCACGGGCAACGAAUGAGCAGGAGAAGGUAGAUGAAGGGCAGAGACUUGGGAAAACAACAACUUGCUCGAGUAUGUUUUGGGGAAGAAGAAGCUGUAGCAGAGAGAACCAAUGCAACUCAGAGAUCAAUGCCUGAUCACAAACAUUUCUAUGUACAGCGAGUGAGAGAGGGGAUUGAUGUAUACCUUGUUUAUUUCUUUUUAAUUGAGAUGAGAGCCUUUCUUAUAUUUGUUUCUACUUUUGAAGAGGGUUCAGAUAUAAAUUAUGGUGGAAGAUUUGUAAUUAUCAUCAUAAUGAUGGAGUCAUUUGCAAAAUC